AUGGGCUUAUCACAUAAGAAAAUGAAAGUGAAGCUGGCCGAUGCCGCGGCACGUCUGCACGCUUCCGUGCUGCUGCUCCGGCGUUGGGUGCCCUCGCCGCCGCCCCACGCCCGCGUCGAUGCCGCGCUCCGCGCCACGGGGCUCGAUGGCGAGGCAGAGCUCUCCCAGGCCCAGCUUGGGGUUCUCGCCGCCGAUCUGUUCAGGGAGGCCGUCUUGGCCGGCGCGGCGGAGGCGGCGCGCCCGUCAUCACGGGUCGCGCCCAGGAUCUUCAGGUGGGCGGGGGAGGGCGGGUACGUGAGGCUGGGUGAGAAGCCUCUAUCGCUCGUGCGUGCCGUUGCCACGGCCGAGAUCGUCAGGUGGGCAGGGCGGCAGGUAUGUGAGGCCGGGUGA